AAAGUCGGAUCGGCGGGCCGUAGGAGCUUGACAAAGUCAAGCCAGUCUAAUUACUGGUGGUUCCUAGCCAUCAAGAUGAAACAUGGAGGCGCGCCUAUCGCAUACCUUAAUCAACAAUUCAUGAGUGCAUUCACAAUGGCCGUCUUGCGAAUACUCCCCGUUCGCAGAUUCACCCUGCAAGAUGGCGCUUCUGCAAUAUUCCCUUGAGCAGAAUUUCUCCGUCUCCAGUCGGUGAUUCUCCUGGCUCAGGGUAUAAAUACGGCUUGAAGAACGACUGAUCAUCCCAUAUCAAGCCUUCAGACUUCUCAAAACCAAUAUGGACUCCAAAAGAGGCAUUUUGGCCGCUGUGCUGGCCCUACUUCCUCUCGCUUCCGCGCAACAACCCGCCACAAGUUCUGCUGGUAACCCCAAGCUCACAACAUACAAAUGUACCACUGCGGGCGGCUGUGUCGCGCAGGAUACAUCUGUGGUUCUUGAUUGGGGCUCCCACUGGAUCCACACAGUGAAUGGGUAUACAUCUUGCACCACAUCUUCCGGAGUCAACAGCACCCUCUGCCCUGAUGAGGCCACUUGCGCAAAGAACUGCGUGAUCGAGCCGGCCAACUACACCAGCGCCGGUGUGACCACCUCGGGCGACUCUCUGACUAUGUACCAAUAUGUCCAGAACAACGGCGUGUACACCAAUGCCUCGCCUCGCCUCUACCUCCUCGGUCCAGACAAGAACUACGUCAUGCUGAAGCUGCUAGGCCAGGAGCUCUCCUUCGACGUGGACCUCUCCACACUCCCCUGCGGCGAAAACGGUGCCCUGUAUCUCUCCGAGAUGAGCGCCACCGGUGGUCGCAACGAAUACAACACCGGAGGCGCCGAGUACGGCUCCGGCUAUUGCGACGCGCAAUGCCCCGUGAUCGCCUGGAGGAACGGCACCCUCAACACCAACGGCGCAAGCUACUGCUGCAACGAGAUGGACAUCCUCGAGGCCAACUCUCGCGCCAACUCGUACACCCCGCACCCCUGCAGCGCGACGGACUGCGACAAGGGCGGCUGCGGCUUCAACCCAUACGCUCUAGGUCAGCAGAGCUACUGGGGGCCCGGCGGCACCGUCGACACCUCCAAGCCCUUUACCAUCACCACGCAGUUUGUCACCAACGACGGCACCACCACCGGCACCCUGUCCGAGAUCCGCAGACAGUACAUCCAGAACGGCAAGGUGAUCGCAAACGCCGUGUCCUCCGCCGGCGUCAGCUCCAUCACGGAGGACUGGUGCACCUCCGUCGACGGCUCAGCCGCCACCUUUGGCGGACUGACCACCAUGGGCAAGGCACUGGGCCGCGGCAUGGUCCUCAUCUUCAGCAUCUGGAACGAUGCCAGCGGCUUCAUGAACUGGCUCGACAGCGGCAAUUCAGGUCCUUGCAGCAGUACCGAGGGAAACCCGGACUUGAUCAAGGCGCAGAACCCGACCACCCACGUGGUCUUUUCCAACAUCCGCUGGGGUGAUAUCGGAUCGACUUUCAAGGGUUCUGGUGGUUCGGGUACGACGACCACCAAGACUACUACGACAACUACGACUACCUCCAAGACGUCCACCACGUCCACAAAGACUACCACCUCCACUGCGCCCGGGGCCACGCAAACCCACUAUGGACAGUGUGGUGGACAGGGCUGGACUGGGCCCACGGCUUGUGCGUCGCCCUACACUUGCAAGGCUCAGAACCAGUGGUACUCCCAGUGUCUGUAGUCGUUGCUGUAGUUGCAGAUUGCCAUCUAUAUUAUAGUUAGCAAUCGAAAAUAUUUGUGGAAUUUCUGGAAAUUGUGCGUUUCGUAGAGGCUUUAAAGGAUACAUCACUAAAUAUAUAUUUUCCCGCAUGGCAUCGGUAUCGGUGGAAAAGCACCGAAUUUAAGCGUGGCAUGAGUGGAAGGUGACAAGUUAAUCUUGC